AAUUUGCUGCUGCGGGUAACGCACCUAGUCGUGACCAAGGUGAAGUUUCUUUGGAGAAGAAAAGCCCUAAGAUGGCAGGCAAAGGAAGUAGCAGAGCAGACUCCAUGUCCUGCAGUGUACUGAACUGGGAGCAGGUCAGCCGUCUGCACGCGGUUCUUACAGAGAUGGUUCCGAUCCACGGGCGGGGGAACUUCCCGACUCUGAAGAUAACUCUGAAGGAUAUUGUUCAGACGGUUCGGAGCCAGCUGAGCAAAGCAGGCAUUGUGGUCCAGGAUGUCCGUCUGAAUGGCUCUGCAGCUGGUCAUGUCCUGGUCAAGGAUAAUGGGUUGGGUUGCAAAGACCUGGAUCUCAUUUUUCAAGUUUCUCUUUCAAGUGAGGCAGAGUUUCAGUUAGUUCGAGACAUAGUCUUGCGAUCCCUCUUGAAUUUCCUGCCGGAAGGAGUAAGCAAGCUGAAAAUCAGUCCUGUUACACUGAAGGAAGCCUACAUCCAGAAGCUGGUCAAAGUGCACACGGAGACUGACCGUUGGAGCUUGAUAUCGCUUUCCAACAAGCAUGGCAAAAACAUCGAGCUCAAGUUUGUAGACUGCAUACGACGGCAGUUUGAGUUCAGUGUGGACUCGUUCCAGAUCAUUCUGGACUCCCUGCUCUUUUACUAUGACUACUCGGAAACCCCCAUGUCAGAGCACUUCCAUCCGACUGUGAUUGGAGAGAGCAUGUAUGGAGACUUUGAAGCAGCUUUUGAUCACCUCCAGAACAAGCUGAUAGCUACAAAAAAUCCUGAAGAGAUCAGAGGUGGUGGACUACUGAAGUAUAGUAACCUCUUAGUACGAGACUUCAGGCCCAUGAAUAAGGACGAGAUCAAAACAUUGGAGCGCUACAUGUGCUCCCGAUUCUUCAUAGACUUCCCAGACAUCCAGGAUCAGCAGCGCAAGCUGGAGACCUACCUCCAGAACCACUUCUCCAAAGAAGAGAAGAGCAAGUACGACUACCUCGUGAUUCUGCACAGGGUGGUGAAUGAGAGCACUGUCUGCCUCAUGGGAUAUGAGCGAAGGCAGACUCUCAAUUUAAUUUCUCUGCUGGCACUCAAGGUACUGGCAGAACAGAAUGUCAUCCCUAAUGCCACUAAUGUAACCUGUUACUACCAGCCAGCACCUUAUGUCAGUGAUGCAAACUUCAGCAACUACUACCUUGCAAGUGCCCCUGUGCUGUACAGCAAGUCCUACCCCACUUCGUUGCCUUGCAAUUGAUCACUUCCCUCAAGGGCUCCUGGGUGGAGGCUACUGAAAGCCAUGAUGUGCAGUGUAAAUGUAAACAAGCAAUAAUGUCAGUUGGAUGUUCUCUAAUGGAAACAUGACUGUAUCAGACUAUCCAUUUCCUGGUGUGCAGUGGGAUUAUGCAACUGGGUGACCUGCUAUGAACCUUUCAGUGUAUUUCUACAAAUGCCAAAAAGCCUUAUUACCUCUUUGUCAGGGAGAAGAGAACCAGCAGCAAAACAUUAAGGGGAGUGGUUAAGAAACUGUACUAGCUCUGGAAGUGGCUGUUAAUAUGUGGUCUAAGUGGACUAUUCAGUAAACUGGGUUGGUUAAUCAACUGUAAAAUGCCUUAAGCAGAAGCUGUUCCUGGAGUAGUGGCAAAACUCUUUCUAUUCCCUAGCCUCAUUACUCUUCCUCAGUCCAAGUUCUGGCCAAAUUUCUCUUGAACUAAUUGUGCCAAGACUGGGCUCAUAUUAUGCUUGGGCUGCUUUUACUUAGUGACUACGUAGAGCAGGUAACAAUAUGGAUAUUGUCUGUCUUGUAGAGGACAUAAAUGUUGC